AUGUCGUGGAGUUGUCAACGAUGUCGGCAGCCUCUGUUGCUGCAUUCCUCCGUAUCAUCCGAUCUUGAUCUCAACCAGUCAGCAUACGACCUCGUACAGGACUCGUUCAUUGCUCCACGACCGAGCAAGUCUUCUGCCGCAUCAACAUCGAAAGCGUCCUCAUCACAACCAGAAGCCAAAGCGACAGGUGCUGGUGCUGCUGGCUCCUCAUCGAAUAACACUGGUGUGGCUACCGGCGAUGCAAACUCUCUCUCUGCUCGUCUAGCAGCUUCUUCUGCACUCUUCGAUCUGCUAUCGCAUCCUCCACCAGUCAAAACGAAUAAGAGCCCGAGGAGUAGCAAAAAGUCCCUCAACAUUCGCGGGCAUGGGUCGGCAGCCGCCACCAUUGUCGAUCAUCCAUUAUGUAAGGCAUGCACAGAUACGCUACUGGAUAUCAUGGACACGCAGAUGUCUCAAGUGCGGGCUCAGCGCGAUUCUUAUCUCGCAUUCGAGGCUGAACUGCGUCGAUACAAGGUGCUCCCAAGGCAUCCGGCAGGCGAGCUUCCACCUCGUGCUUCAUCGUCUUCCUCUUCGACAACCUCCUCGGCAACUGCAGGCGAAGGAGCAGAAGACAUAGCAGCACUCCAACAGCAGCAUCGGGAAGAAUGCGAAUUGCUUCAACGCGAGAUCGACCAACUCCUAUCUGACGAAUCCGCAGCUCUCACUGAACUACGCGAAGCGGAAUCCGCACGUCUAGACAUCGAGGCUCAACUCGCCGCCAUCAUCGAAGAGGAGUCAGCGCUCGAACAGGAAGAAGAGCGAUUCUGGUCACAAUAUUCCGCCCACUCACUGACACUCUCCAAACUGGAAGAAGAAAAAGCGUCGCUCGCCAUGGCCAUUGCCCACGAUCACGAACUGCUAGCCCGGCUACAAGCCACAAACGUCUACGCGGACGCAUUCUGCAUCGGCCACUCAGGAGGAAUAGCCACCAUCAACGGUCUCCGCCUUGGAAGAUUACCAGGUCGACCAGUGGAAUGGAACGAAAUCAACGCAGCUUGGGGUCAAACCGCCCUCCUUCUCGACGUUAUCGCUCGAAAAGUCAAGCUUGCUUUCCGCGGGUACAAACUUAUCCCAAAAGGUUCUUUCAGCGUUGUUUAUCGCUACGAAGAUGCAAGGUCACAGCACCAUUCUUCCGCCUCAACCUCCUCCCCUCAUCCCGCUUCCUCCCACGAUCCCACUUCUGAAACUACAGAGGUAGAAGAAGGAGGUAGGAAGGAGGUCUACGAGCUAUACGGUUCAUCAGAUUGGCAAAUCGGCCGCUUAUUGCAGAGUAGAAGAUUUGAUCAUGCACAGACGGGGUUUUUGGCUUGUUUGAAGCAAGUACUGGAGUUCGUGGAGGGAGUAGAUGGAGAAUUCAGAGCUCCGCAUGUGAUUAAUAAGGAUAAGAUUGGGGAGGCGAGUAUUAGGCUGCAGUUUGGAAGUGACGAGACUUGGACCAGGGCAUUGAGACAUGUGUUGGUGAAUGCGAAUAGGGUGCUGAUGUGGGUUGUGGAUCGGGAGAAGGGCGGGGGCGGAAGGGGAGCCGGGGAUGCGAAUGGGGGUGGCAGGGUGGUGAUUAAUGGGAGCCAUGUAGCUGCUUGA